ACAGAGCUGUGUCACUUCGCAAUUGAACCUGUCCACCAAAAGACUUUCCUCUCCUGGCGUAGACGAAGCUGCUAGACAAUGGGGAGGAUUGGCAAGGAAACGGCAGGUCAGGUUAUAAGCUUCAUAGGCCUUAUUGGGGUGGCAGUGGCCUGCGGGAUCCCCAUGUGGCGUGUGACCUCUUACAUCGGAGCCAACAUUGUUUCAGGCCAAAUUGUAUGGGAUGGUCUGUGGAUGAACUGUGUGAUGCAAAGUACUGGACAGAUGCAGUGCAAGCUGAAUGACUCUAUCUUGACCCUCACGAGUGAUCUGCAGGCUGCCCGAGCGCUGGUCAUCAUCUCCCUUGUCUUCGGAUUCAUCGGCUUUAUCAUCUCAUUCGUCGGAGCCAAGUGUACCAGCUGCCUGGAAAAAGACGCAUCAAUGGCAAAUGUGGUGAUCAUAAGCGGCUGUCUCAUCAUUGUUUCUGCCAUCCUGAUCUUAAUCCCCGUCUGCUGGUCUGCAGCUUUCACCAUCUCAGACUUUGAGAACCCCUUGACUAUAGCAACACAGAAAAGGGAGAUUGGAGCUGCUAUCUACAUUGGUUGGGGCUCAACUGUAUUACUUCUAAUCGGUGGGAUCAUUCUAACAACCUCCUGUCCUCCUCAAAAACAAAUGUAUGGAUACCCUAGCUACCAACAACCAGUGUAUGCUUAUUCAAGACCAAACUCAGCCGCGUAUGGCCGUGUGUAUGCUCCACCAUCCAACCAACCAUACACAGUCGCAGGUGGUUAUGCUCCCAGCAAGCCAUAUGCAGCUCCAGCCUCAUAUCCUGCUUCACAAUAUCGAUAAAAAUGAAGGGUGAGCUCAAGGACAGAGACUGAAAACCUUGCCCUGACAGCUGCUGGACUUUGAAAUGACCACUGGAAAAUACAAUCACAUCAAAUUACGAGUUGCAUAGACGGUAUUAUUCUAAUACACUGAUGUAAAACAAACAGACUUAAUUGCUGCAAACUUCGAUUAUGAUUAAUGUUUAGAAUAUGCUUUUUUAAUAAUAUGAUCUCCACAUACUUUUCCCUUUAAGAUUGUGAAGCUUUGAUGUAAAAGGAAUCUGUGUGUGCUGAACGCUGCAUUGCUUUUCACAAGGAAAUCACUGUCUGAUAUAUUUAUUUCCCUGUUAUACACUACAGAUUUUGCAGUGUGCUUCUUGUCUGUAACUGCUACUUUAUUUUGUAAAUUUUCAGAUGACUUUCAAUAAAAUAUUUGUCUUACCUGAAA